UGGUUACACUCGCAUCCUUUCAAGUUCUUGUGUGUACUGUAUGUGCAGUGUUAUUGUCUGUGUCCGUAUUCACCCUUAUUAAAAGUUCUCUCGCUACACACUAUCAAGUUUACCGUUCAUAUUAAGGGUUCUUAGAUUUGAACAAAAUGGAUGAAGAACCGGAGAGAACCAAGAGGUGGGAAGGAGGUUACGAGCGGACAUGGGAGGUGCUUAAAGAGGACGAAUCUGGAUCUCUGAAGGCCACGGUUGAAGAGAUCCUUUUCCAGAGCAAAAGGAAAAGGGUCAUUGAGAGCCAUGGACAGGUUCGACUUGGGAUGAUGCGGCACCUGUUUGUUGUGGUGGAUACUUCCCGCACCAUGGAUGACCAGGACUUAAAACCUAAUCGUCUGACCUCGACCCUAAAGCUUCUGGAAUUUUUUGUGGACGAGUACUUUGACCAGAACCCGAUCAGUCAAAUAGGCAUUAUAACCACUAAAAACAAGAGGGCAGAGAAACUGACAGACCUUGCUGGUAACCCAAAGAAGCACAUCACUGCCCUAAAGAAAGCGAAGGACACUACGUGUAUCGGAGAGCCUUCUCUCUACAACUCCAUAAACCUGGCCAUGCUGACGCUCAAGCACAUGCCAGGACACACCAGUAGAGAGAUUCUGAUCGUCUUCAGCAGCCUGACUACAUGUGACCCUGCAAACAUUUAUGAUCUCGUAAAGACCCUGAAGGCCCUGAAGAUCCGUGUGUCUGUGAUAGGCCUGUCUGCAGAGGUGCGCGUGUGCACCGUCCUCACCCGAGAGACGGGGGGGACCUACAAUGUGAUCCUGGAUGAAAGCCAUUUCCGUGAGCUGUUGAUGCUGCAGGUGAAGCCUCCCCCAGCCAGCUCCUCCUCUGAAUGCUCCCUCAUCCGCAUGGGUUUCCCACAACACGUCAUGGCUUCCACGUCAGAUCAAGAAGCCACUCCAUCCUUCAGCAUGGCGCACUUGGAUAGCACUGGCGGUCCUGGACUGAGUCUCGGAGGAUACUACUGCCCCCAAUGCAGAGCCAAGUACACCGAGUUACCUGUGGAGUGCAGAGUUUGUGGCCUGACGUUGGUGUCUGCGCCUCACCUGGCACGAUCUUUCCACCAUCUCUUCCCCCUGGAUGCCUUCAAGGAGAGUCCCCUGGAGGAGCAUGUAGGAGAGAGGUUUUGCCAAGCCUGUGAAGGUCAACUGAAAGACCAAAGUGUGUUCACUUGCCCCGUGUGCCGGAGUGUGUUCUGUGUGGAAUGUGACCUCUUCAUCCACGACACCCUGCAUUGCUGCCCCACCUGCCUGCACAACCAAGGAGCGUCCUGAGCGCUGAGCGGCUCGCUAUUGGACAUGCGUGAACAGGCGCUUCACCUGCACACACCUGGACAGGUAGAGCUGAAAGGGGAGCUCUCCCCGACCUCAAUGGACUCAAGUGUGCAUUCAGAACAGAGACAUUUUAGCCAGAAUCUCAGAAGUGGUAACUGCUGAACAUGACGUACACCUGUGUGUGACUAAUGUUGCCCUCAGCGCUCAUGCUGCUGCUCUGGUAUGUGAGCCUCCAUUUUGGCCUGAAGGCUAAACAAAACAUGGAGGCGCAGAGCAGCCAGCAGAUGGAAAGAGAUGCUGUCCAUGGAGUCUUGGCUCCCUCUAAGGGAGAGUAAAGGACUACACAAGGAAUGACAAAAAUUAAGCACAUUCUGUUGUCAAUAAAACACGUCUUUGUUACCAAAAUGUA